AAGUACUAACUUACAUUAGCUAGCUGUCUCUAUCCGAGCGAGUGAGAGGGUGGCAGAGAAUUGUGGAUAUAAUGUCACUAGAAUUCAUUGUUUAGUACCUACCAUUGUUUGGUACCUACCUGUGUAAGUUUUGCUUCAAACUUGGCCGGGAAGUGUUCUUUUUGUACACGAUCAUUGUAACAACAAGGAAAAAUAUCUCACGAAGACGAACAACAAAAUAACAAGAUGAGCCUUGCAGGCUACGCGGUCGAGUAGUGUUGUAUUUUCUUUUCGCCAAGCUGUCGCACGUAGCGUCUUGGAAUACAAAAAAAAAGUCCAGGCUGAAGCGAGGCCCCCUGAAAUCUGAACAUCAAGAAUGUUAUUUCUUGCUUUAGUAACGACUCUGUCUGUGGCGUUGCUAGCGGUGCGGCUGCAGCGUGUCGCUAUUGGUCCGUUUCCAGUGCAGCGUAUUUUUCGCCUGAACGCCAACCUCGGACCGAAGGGGCUCGGCAAAUUUCUACAGCUGUACGUAGAGCCUGGUGCUGGGACUCAUGCUUAUGACUUGAAAACUACGCAUGAUUCUUAUGACUUAGAAUGAAUCCUUUGUCUAGUCGGAGCAUUUUUGGACUCUGUGUCUAAAAGUGGAAGAGUCGGAAGAGUCCUAGUAGAUGGCUCCCCCCCCGUCUGCAGCAGCGUUCGUGGACUAGUAGAGUAGUGUUCUCAAUCCUUACAUCAUUCUUAUGACUUAGAAUCCUUUGUCUGGAAGUGUGAAGUCUAUGUCUACUAGGUAGUAGAGUUGUCGUGGACUUCUAUUCUCUCUCACUCGGGGAACAAUAGAUUUGGGGCUUUGAUUCUGGAUGAGCCAUUUCUUUUAUUGAGUCCUUAGGUCGGCUCCACCACAAUUUAUUGAGUAUGUCAGGGUAGCGAUAACAGCAGGGUCUACUGAUAGAGUACGACUAUGGAUUCAUUCCUGACCAGGAAGGGUUAAUAGACAUGAAGUAAAUUAUGAAGUACUACUGGAAGGUCUAACCUCACGACGAUAGUACCUCGCUUUUGAAAGCGGAUGUGAGGAGACAUGGUCCGGCGAAGAGCAAACACGUGAUCGGUGUUAUUAGGCCGCACAUUGUGGAAGAGACUUCUACGUCUACUUCUGCUGGAGGAGAGUCAGUUGUAGCAGUAGUUGAAGAAGAAAGACAUCAGGAUGACAAUAUUCAUACGCCAAACACUUUCGUUUCGGUGGACACACAUCAGACGAAGAGAGAAGAGGCUGAUACGAUGAUGAAGAAGCCUGCUCAUGAAAGGGAGCAACCGCCACGAAAACCUGCGAAAUUGAAGGCACUAGUACACGCACCUAAAGCACCAUCUCUUGGUCUUGAUGCAGGUCCACAUCUCGGCGACAGCUCUACAAGUACAGCUGCUUCCGCGUCUGAUGACGAGGCACAAAUAAAACCAGAGGAGGUGGAAGAGAUACAGAGACUUCAAGGGCUUGGAUUAGUCGUGGACGAUAAAAAAGGCCUCACCACAUUGGCGGCAGCUGCUGCGGGCGAUAGCUCUUCAGGAAAAGCGGGGCCGCUCAGUAAGGCGGAAAUCGAAGAGCAAGUACGCGAAGCAGUUUUUGGUGGCGGUAGUGGUAUCAACCUAACAUCAUGCGACCAAUUGUUCGUGAUACAGGGGACUUCAAAUAAUGUCGCCCCCACGUUUAAGCCACCCCCUAGAAGAGAUUCUUCUGAUGCAGUUCUCUCUGAGAGUGAUAAAGAUUUUUGUGAGGAUACUCUGAGAAAGUUCCUGGAUCUCAAAAGGACAUCGGAGAAGGAAGUGAAGAUGCCAGACACGCAGUCUCGAAACUCCUCUCCAUCUCUUUCUUCGCCCCUUGCCACGCUGUGGUGCGAUUUUCUCAAGCAACUUCUGCAACAACUUGGCUUCUGGCCGAAGGCGGGUGCCGCCAUGUCCACAAAAGGGCAAAAUGGCGCCUCCUCGUUCAUGGAGGGCAGCAUUGUCCAGAAGACGCUCACAGGGAUUCUAAAAUUGGUCGGCGCGUCAUGGCCUGACUUCCUGCGUGAAGGAAGAAUCAUGGCAGUGAGCAUUCUUGAGCCUACUGGUGGAGACUUCAGUUAAGGACAUGAGCAUGGACCUGAAAAAUUCAAAGCCCUAGAGUUUAACUGUAUCUUCAUCUUCAAAAAUCAAUCCGUAGUGAACCUCUAUAACCAGUUCGAGUGCUUAAACCUUGAGAAGUGAACUUCCUCUUCAAGAACGCCUACCUUUCUAAUUUGUACUAGUGAUUCGGGCACGCCCGCUCGCGGCGGGUGUUGAGGUGGAGAAGUACCGCUCGGAGUCACCGGUCUACGUGGAUAAUUUUCUUCCGGAGAUCAGUUUCAGGUGGGACUACUUCGAGAGUAAGCCGCGCUCAUUUGAAACGCUGCCGCCUUUUAUGUUCUUGGAUACCUGCUCAUCUCCACCUGCUCUAAGCAGUAUUUAUAGGGUAGUAAAAUAGUACCGUAUCAGUUUAGACUAUAGUUUGAACCUUCACGUUGUGCUUUUUGGUUUUUUCCUAGUUGGGCUGGCUCCACCACUGCUAUAGUUAGAUUGGUAAUUUGGUGUAUGUUGAGCGAAGAAAUGAAAAGCGCAUCAAAUGUUUUUGCACUCGUUCUUGUUCUGAAGCUUUCAUAUCUCUGCAUCAAGCCUGGUAUACGGUGUUGAAGAGCGCAUUUAAUUUGCCGCAAAUUCCGUACACGAGAAUCGUGAUCGAGCCAGAGAUUGGACUCUUCAUGCGCUUCUGCUUACCCGCUGGAAAAACGUGGCUCUACUUACGGCUACCGCUCAAGCAUCCUCAGCAUCAUCUUUGGCCCUUGUCCCACUUGAAAAAGACGCCCCCAAGAAUGUGACUCUCGAGGAAGGUGCGAACGCGGUCGCUCUAAUCUUCUCGAUAUCGCAGUAUCCUGCAUGGGAAAGAUCUAUCGAUCGGCCGUGGAAAGACUUUGUACAAAAUGAGGUGCAGGGUCGACUUGGUAACGAGUUUUCACACGGCGCUUUAGUCAACUCAUGGUUCAAUGGCCCGCAUUAAGGCUAGUCGUUUGUUAAUGUGGCGGGAGUCACUUCGUAGGAGGAGUGCUUCUUUUCGGGAAAAAGCACUAAAGACGGAAAUAUGUUCCUCUUCAGGAUGAUGCUCUCUUUUUAAUGUCUUAAAUUAACUGAUUAAAAAUUUUAUGCAAAUUUAUUAUUAUGUGUCUUUUUUACUGUGGAGGGACAGCUAAUCACAGGAUCCCGACGCGCACCUUGGCGGCGGCACUGCCUGGAGCUAUCAUUUCGCUGCUGAACUGGAAAAAGGGAAAUUCAACAGACCGGUCGUGGUUAAUACCGUGUUUAUGUUGAAUGAAGUUUUUUUCCAUCCUUUUCUUUCAACAGCUGUCCUGUUGAAGAAAUCUCCUAUAAAGUGGGUACUAAUCCACUAAGUACUACUAGCUAGGAUCUUCAUAUGACUAUGUUUUUGAUAAAGGCCGGAAGAAGCAACGAGUCUUUCUUCAUUGUGGUACGACACGUGUUUUCGAGUCCGCUUACCCUGCUGCAGCGCGAAAAAGGUCUCUUGCGAAUGGAUCUCGCUUUGGGAACUACAGCAUUGAUUCCGAACUUGGGAGGCAAGGACCAGGAACGUAAAACAAUGGCAGACCGCCUUUUUUCCUUUCUCGCCGAUUUCCGUCCUCUGCUGCAUUUCCGUGAGAUUAGUAUGACAAGUGCAAGCUCCUCUCCAGCAGUACCUAGCACGUCAGAGAAAUCAAAGGAACAACACCAACAGCCAUCAGUAGGAGAAGUUGCUGACGCUAUAAUACCUGAGACACUACACAAAGAAGAACCAGAUCCACCAACGGGUUGCCGAUUGGACACUAAGGAGACACAACAGGCCCACUACACGGUCGGAUUUGAGAAUGCGCUGGAGACAAAAUACAUUGAUUAAGGCUACAAGAAAUCCAUCGAAGAUAUCGUGACAGUCAUUCUGCAAGAUGAUAGGGAUCUUUUUCCUCCUUCUAACGCAAGUGCACUCGCAUUAGGCGGGUACUAGUUUCUAUCGGCCUCGAUGACGACGUCGAUACGGGAACAACAGCAACAGAUGAAAAGCGAGAUAAGGAAGCUAAAGUUAGGGCUUAGGCGAUCACAAAAAGCUACAUCCACUUCCACAGCAUCAUCAUAUUAUAUGACGUAGUUUCUUAAAAAUUUACAUUAUAUUAUAUUAUAGUACGUAGUUUCUUAAAAAAAGCCAAGGAUCACUGUAACUGUAUAGGAGCUAUCUUGUUUCGCCAGCAGUAGAAGAUGGCCACCGGAGAUGUGUGAUGAUGAUGCAGAAUGCGUCCCCCUUGGCCCUUCGCCUUCCUAAGAAAAUACCUACAGUUUAGAGGAAGCCAAAUCUGCGGCAGGUCCCUCUAACGACUAGGAGACAGUGAUGAACAGAGGAAGCAGUUUGUGGAGGUUUUUCCGCAGAGCGAAGGAAGCAAAGGAGACGAGCAAAGCCUUCAACAUAGCUGGAAAAGCGGUUGGAUACGCGCUUUCGUCGAUCUUCGCUUUAUGUGUCUUGUACCUUGCAAAUUGAUUCCAUCGGAUUUCCUAUCCUACGCUAUAGGAAUAUCUGAUACUAUAGAAGGCAUCAUGUUAUUUUAUAGUUUAAUCCUCGGACGCGAUCUACCCGCGACCGCUAAGCUACUGUUCACGUUUGAUAUGUAGAGAGGAUUUUUUUCAGUCACAAACAGCACUUGUCUUUCCAUUUUCUCAGAUAUGAGAUCGCGUUCGACUCUAAUCGCAUUCAGCACUGUGGUUCAAGGUGGACACGCAGGUUUUUGUCCCAGCCCAGCUUUACUGGUUAUGGUUGCACGGAUAAAAACAAAAUUAUCGUCCUGAAAAAAAAAAAUUCUGGAUAUUCUUUUAGUAGAAUAUAUAUGUCUGGAUACGUCGUCUUUGUUUUUACGACCUGCACGACACUUCCUAUCCUUUCGUUUCCUAUCCUAUUAUCUUAUGAGGUAUGUUGAUACCCUGGCACGACCACCUGGUGGUAGAGGUGUAUUCCCUAGCCUUGAAGGUGUUCUGUCUCCCCCCAGUAGAGUUCCUGGAAAUUCGUCCUGUCAUAUUGCAAACAGGACUGCGAUUAUUGAAAAAAGUGCUGGGCAUGACUGAUGGUCAAGAAAUGCUAGGUCAUGGCGCGAGACGAUUGCAACUCGGGUAUAUCGAUCACUGGGAAGUCACGGAGAACGGGAACUACGCUGGACAAGACGCGGACCCAUCGCCAUCUUACGAACAAAUGCAGUAUUUUGAAUAAAGAAAAUGCCGGCUAGAAAUUCUAUGUAAUACUCCUCAUGGCAAGACUUUCGUAGUCACCGCCUCGGUUUGUCUCGUCGACUCUCGUAGUCGCCCGUCAUCCUCGGAGGCGAGCAGCGUGUGCCCGUGGGGCUCGUUGUGAAGGAUCCACAACCUAACCUAACCUAGUAUAGCUACGACUGUGACAUGGAGCGAAGACAUGACGUAUUUGAUAAUGCUGGCGGUACAUUAUAUUCUAGCCCGACGAGGAUGCAAAUCCGUACACCACAAGCUGUUGUAGGAGCCUCUAAGAUUUAGAGGAGGGGAGCAAAGCAGAAGCUAGAGAGGGGCCGAAGACUGAGCCGCGCACGCGGCAGAUAAUGUCUUUUUCGUUUUUUGGUGCGCGCCAUGCUCUGAACAACGCCAGCAGAAAGUCCGGUGGAUAUUUGGAACAGGUCGCCGCCUUCGUCGAGGGCCUCACGAUGCUGCUUCGUAAAGUCGGUCUACUACAAGAACCUUUAAUUAUAGUUGAGAACUUCAUUCCACCAAACAGUACUGUCUCCUGAGUAUGAUCCUGAUCUCUCAGAGACUCUGCUUGAACACUAACACAACUUGGUGUCAAGAACUAGUCGAUGAAGAACACUUGGUGUCAAGAACACUGGGUGUCAAGAAGAUGAAGAAAAUUCAGCAAAAAUGGACUUGCUCACCCCACAUUAGUCAGAGGAUACGGCAAGCCUAGCUGCUCCCUCUAAUAUAGAGAAGCACGAUGAGAAUCAGAACUUCUAUCUCUUUCACUUGUUGCGGGUUUUCACGCUCGGUGCGCCGACGUACGGGCCGGCCACCGAAGGCGAGUUUAAGACACUAUUAUUGUCGCUACAAGUGCAGCGUUUCUUGUUGAUGCAAUGUUUCUUAAUGAUACAAUGAAUUUCCUGUCUUCACAAUGUAGUAGGGAUCUUCUAGACUGAUUUUCACUAUGGAUGACGUUUUGUGCAUCUAUCAGACCAUCGCGGCCCCCCUUAAGGCCAUACGUGUUUAAGGGGAAAAAGGUAGCGGUGAUGGUCUGCCUGGAUGGAAAAAACUUCACUCAUACUUACUUCUGGAACCAUCAACAUGUCUUGGGACUAGUUAGAAGAGCGACUCUUGCGCAGCUCUAAAAACCGGAAUUCUCGCACCGUCUUCGUUCCUUUUCGAACGUUACCAGCACGCGGCGCGUCACCAACACGCGGGGCGUCACCAGCACGCGUAGGCCCGUUGAGCAGCGACGGCAAGAUAGUUAUGACAAGUUUUCACCCUCUGCAGCUCUAACCCAUUUCUACCAUUUAACUAUGUAAUGAUAUCUUUUAGAUGGUUCCGUUGACCCAUGACAGGACACAAACAUGACAAGUUCUAUGUAUCGUGCAACUUUGUUCCCUGAUUCGAAAAGAAAUCAAUGUCUAUUCAAUUGGAUUCUAUGCUAAUAUAAUGCCAGAAGAAGGAGUAACACCUUUGGAAGGCAAGAGCAAAAUACGAGGCGCUACUCUUCGACUAGCACUCGCAAGGGAGAUUCAGGAUGUGAAUGUAGGUGAUGCAAAUCACGCUGUCCGGUAUCAAGAAUGUUGGUUGCCUGAGAGAUUUCCUGAUGCCGUAUGCAAGGUGCUACAGUUAAGCCUCCAUAUAGUUGUUUCCUUUUUUUAUUACAACGGGUCUGUCACUUUUUCCCUCGUAGGUCUCCCUGCGCGAUGACUACUCCCUUCAUUUAUUCGAAUGAGUCGUCGUAGUGGACGAACGAUCGAAUGCUCUGUAGGAAAACCUACCUCACUAACACAAUUGAACUGUGUGUGUUUAUUUCCGUUUAUUUCCAGGUGUAUGUCUUUUACACUGUUCUUUCAUGAGAACAACAGAUUCCCUGUUGUACUCCUAUACAUGAUUACAAGACUAUAAAGAAGAUGAAGUAAGUGGUACUCUUGCGAUGUCCUCUAAUUGAGUAUCCGCAACUUGAAGCCGAGAAGGGUAAAGCAUCCACUGGGCAGGCCAAAACCAAGAAGGAUGAUACAUCCACUGGUGAUGGCAAGGAUGAUGUGUUUCUUCUACCACGUCUACAGGCGAAUACGAACGAGUGGCGACUGAAAGCCCCACCGCACUGCACGAUGGAGGCAGAAAAAGCGGUAAAGGAGGAAGUUAGAGAAGCUAAACAGGCAGCAUGGAGGAGUGGAUGGCCCUGAUGGGCAGCAGCUGGCUAUAACGAAAGAAUUGCACUUUUUUGGUCGAUUAUAACACUACAAAACUGUCAACUAUAAAAUACGAGGAAAGAAGGGAGUGCCAAUCCAAGGUAGAAGAUUGACAGGCCAAUCUCAGACGUAUAGCAUUCAAGGGUGGCACUUUCAAACUUGCGAAGAAAAGGGUCCAAGAAAGGCCAAAGGAUUUUU